ACUAAAAAUGCUCUUUGAAGAUCCUAGCGACAUCACGAAAUACGGUGGCCAAGUAACCAAACCGGUUCCGUAAUCAAGCCAUGAUCGGGUUUGUUUACAUUUUCUCGAAAUCGAGAAAAACGUGAAUGUCGUGAAAAUGCUGUCGAAAACUGGUGUAAAAAAGAUUGGAAAGAAAAUUAAAAGAUGCCAACUGCUGAUUGCAAAAGAUGCAGGGACUCAGUUUUCGGACGAGCCGAGCGAGUUCUUGUGCGUGUGCAACGCCGGCCUUUCAACGGGACUUGAACAAGAAGGGUUGCUGAAGGAGGUCCUGCUGCACGCUGACGAAGUGCAGACAAUUCAGAUGCCGCCUGGAAAGUCCUACUGCUAUCUGAGUUUCCUAUCGAUAGAUGCGGCUAAAUCCGUGUAUAAGGCCAUGAACGGAACGUGUCCCUUAGGACAAGAUGGGGCGGUCUUAUUGUUGGCAUUUUGCUGUGGUCUUCCGUGCUGCUUGACCAAUCCUUGGAGCGAACCGAUGCCUGACGGAUUGGUUGUGGUGCGCGAUUUCGUCGACACACAGCUUGAACAGGUACUGUUGGGAGCGGUUGAGUUUGGAGAGGUUCAGGAAUACAGCUCCGAGCAAACGGCGACAAAUGCUUUAAAAAAUCGUCAAGUGAAACAUUACGGUUACGAGUUUCUUUAUGGAACUAAUAACGUGGAUAAGACAAAGCCAUUAUUGGACCGCAAGAUACCGAGUGCCUGCGAUGAAUUGUGGCAAAGACUACAGAAAUUGCAUCCAAACCUGUGCUGGCACGUUCCGGAUCAAUUGACGGUUAAUCAAUACGAGCCUGGACAAGGCAUUCCGGCACAUGUUGAUACACACAGCGCCUUUGAAGAUCCGAUAUUGUCACUUUCGCUCGGAAGUGACAUCGUCAUGGAGUUCAAACAUGUCGCAACCGGUCGCCAAGCGUUCGUGGAUUUACCGGCUCGUUCUUUACUGAUCAUAUCUGGCGAGAGCCGCUACGUUUGGACUCACGGUAUUACACCUCGUAAACUGGACACAAUUUUGGUUCCCAAUGGAAACGGGCUGACCAUACGGAAGCGCCAACGGCGUAUUUCGUUAACAUUUCGCAAGCUUCGCCUUAGCGAGCAAUGUGACUGCUCUUUUUCCAACUGCUGCGAUUCAAAAAAACGAGUUUUUAAACAUCAUGCAGCUCUACUUGAGGCUCAUGCAGCUCUGGUUGAGGCAGAAAAUGUUCACCGAGUUUACAAUCAAAUAGCGAAACACUUUAGCGACACACGGCACUCGCCUUGGCCGAGGGUUGAAUCCUUCCUGCAAACUCUAAAUGCCGGUGACGUGCUACUUGAUGUUGGUUGCGGAAAUGGAAAAUAUUUAGGAUCGAAUUCUUCGGCCUUCAUGCUGGGCUGUGAUCGUAGCGACGGCUUGCUGCAGGUGUGCGGCGAUCGUGGUUUUAACGUGCUGCAGUGUGAUUGUCUUGCCUUACCCUUACGUGAUGGUUCCGCGGAUGCAUGCAUCAGCAUUGCCGUGCUACACCAUCUUGCCACAACGGCACGACGACGGAAGGCGAUUUCGGAAAUGAUCCGCGUACUACGCACCGGCGGACGAGCACUGAUUUAUGUAUGGGCCAAAAAUCAGGAAGAAAACGCCAACAAGUCAAGCUAUCUAAGACAAAAUAAGCAAAACAACAAAAAAGUAACGUCAGUCAGUGCUGCAAAGACGGUGUCUUCUAUUGCUUCCAUGGAAUGCGUUGCAGGAUUGCCGGAAUGUACGUUACCCGUGCAUACGAAUCGGACUCCAUUUCAACAUCAAGAUCUGCUAGUGCCAUGGAAACUACGAACAGAAAGCAACGAAGCAACAGAAAAACAAACGUUUCUUCGCUUCUACCAUGUCUUUGAAAAAUACGAAUUGGAGCAAAUCUGUCUUGAUAGUGGUCAAAACAAUGUACGAAUUGUUGAAAGCUUUUACGAUCAGGGGAAUUGGUGUGUUGUAAUGCAGAAAAUAGAACCAAUGUAAGUAAAAUAAUCCACACUACUUUUUUGUAACACACACACACACACACACACACACUACUCCUUUAGUCUUUAUUAGCUCCUUCUUCGGCUUUUUCUGCCGUAUA